AUGGCGUCACUGAUACCGUUCAUCUCGGAGAUUCUCCCCAUGAUCAUGCCCGCCUCCACUCACGUUACUGCGGCCAAAGAUCUUCGGCCGGCCCAUCCAACUGUCGAAGGGCCUGUGAUAAGGCGUGCUGCAGUCGUCGACCGCUGCGACAAGAUGUGCGCCUCUGUUCUCACAACCCGGCCCCGGUCUCGCACCCCAGUGCGCCACAACAGUGAGCAGGGCUGGGCUGAGCUGACCCGUCGUUUUUUAGAUGCCAUCAUAUAUGCCGUCUCCGGUACCGGCGUCUUGCUGGUGAAUGAGAGUUUUGAAGAAGAGAUACGACGUCAUCCUCUAGGUGCCGGAGACUUUGCUUUCGUCCCAGCGUGGACGGAACAUCAGAUUCACAAUGACACAGACGAUGACCUCGUCAUGGUUGUGAUUCAGAGUGGUUCACGCCCUGUCGGCGCCAUCUUGUCAGAUUGGGGAGGUGACGAAGUAACUGCGGACAUAACUAGCGACUAA